AUGACUCAGCAUUUCGUAUGUGUACAAAUUAUUGGAAAUAUUUCUUUUCUCGUCAUCACACCAGCUGCCGUGUUCCAAAAAUUUGUUAAACACAAUCACGCUAUAUGCUCUAAGCGCAUAACACACGUUACAGCACAUAGAAUCGAGAUGAAUUCCGAUGUAAAAGAAGGGAAGAGAAGGAAGAAUAAAAAGCGGAAUAAGAAAAAGAUAGAUUGCAAUGCAAAUAAUACAGAAAAGUGCAAUGAAAACAGAUAUAACCAAUGUGCCUACGUUGGGCCGAACCACAGAUGCAUGCAUUGGAAUGAAUACUCAGAGAGUGUUAAUUUUUACCUCAAAGUGUCAUUAAUUCCAUCAAUAUUAAUUUUAUUAUGGAUCAACAAUUAUGUACCUUUCGGAGAGAGUAUUUUUGGGAAAAUAACAACAUUCACGGUUUUCGUUCACGUGAUGAACUCUGUGAUUUAUACUCAUUGUGGAAUCUAUAUCUGCGAAUGGCAGGUUUUGAGGCGAGGUGAUAAGGCAGUCAGAUGUUUAGCACCUGGUAUACCACUGCAUGCUAGGGUCAUCAUAUUAGUGGUAUCUUGUGCUCAAGUUGUUACUCUAAUUUCAUAUUUCUCUUACCCAGUAAUGACCUGGUUACUUCUAAAUGUACUACAUCUUUCCCCCUGUUACCUUUUUUAUAAUUCCAAAGUCAUCAAACUUUUCUAUUAUAUAGAUUUCAUUCGCAAUAUCUAG